CGGGCCCGGUCUCCGCGGUGCCCGCAGACACAGAGACGUCUUCUCAGCAGCAUCCGCCAUCUUUAGCUCCGCACCGGGUACCGGACCGGGAACAGCGCGAUCACCACAGCGGAGGAGACAGGGACACGUACUGCGAGGAGCGCGGCGCUCACCCUCCCGGAUUACCGGUGGAAAAGCAGAGGAGUGGGAGGGGACGUUUGGUUGCUCUUAGCACCGGGAGCAAGGGAGGCGGAGGGCGGAGAAGAUGCCGGGGAUGUGGCGGUGCUACCCGGCCUGCCUGCUGCUCGUCACCGGGCUGGUGUGUGGUGCCCUGGCCGCCCGAGUUAAUAAACACAAGCCAUGGAUUGAAACUACUUACCACGGGAUAGUAACGGAGAACGACAAUGCAGUUUUGCUGGACCCUCCUCUCAUAGCGCUAGACAAAGACGCCCCCCUACGUUACGCAGAGAGUUUUGAGGUGACAGUCACCAAAGAAGGAGAAAUCUGUGGCUUUAAAAUUCACGACCAGGAUGUUCCCUUCGAGGCCAUGGUGGUGGACAAAUCCACCGGUGAGGGCGUCAUUCGCUCUACGGAAAAGCUGGACUGUGAACUGCAGAAGGACUACACCUUUACCAUUCAAGCCUACGACUGCGGCAAAGGACCAGACGGAUCAAAUGCCAAAAAAUCACACAAGGCAACCGUGCACAUCCAAGUGAAUGACGUGAACGAAUACGCUCCAGUGUUCAAGGAGAAGUCCUACAAGGCCACGGUCAUCGAGGGAAAGAAAUAUGACAAUAUUCUGAAGGUGGAAGCUGUGGAUGCCGACUGCUCCCCCCAGUUCAGCCAGAUCUGCAGCUAUGAAAUUGUGACGCCUGAUGUCCCCUUCACUAUUGAUAAAGAUGGUUAUAUCAAGAACACAGAGAAGCUGAAUUAUGGAAAAGAUCGUCAGUAUAAGCUCACGGUCACUGCCUACGACUGCGGGAAGAAGAGGGCCACUGAGGACAUAUUGGUCAAGAUCAACAUUAAACCAACAUGUAAAGCAAGUUGGCAAGGUUGGAGUAAGAGGAUAGAGUAUGAGCCUGGCACUGGAUCAUUGGCACUGUUCCCUGGAAUGCAUCUGGAGACAUGCGAUGAGCCCAUUACUUCUAUUCAGGCCACAGUACAACUGGAAACUAGUCACAUCGGCAAGGGGUGCGACCGAGACACCUAUUCUGAGAAGUCUAUUCACAGGCUAUGCGGAGCUUCAUCCAGCACCGCUGAGUUACUGCCUCCUCCCAGUACCGCUUCCAACUGGACCACGGGGCUGUCCACAGACAAUGGCCAUGACAGCGACCAGGUGUUUGAGUUCAAUGGCACACAAGCCGUCAAGAUUCCCGAUGGGGUUGUCACCGCCGACCUGAAAGAGCCAUUUGUCAUAUCUGUGUGGAUGAGGCAUGGACCAGGAGGACGAGACAAGGAGACCAUUCUGUGCAAUUCUGACAAGACAGAUAUGAAUCGGCACCAUUACUCUCUCUACAUACACAACUGCAAACUGGGAUUCCUGUUCCGACAAGAACCCACAGAAGAGAAGUCGUACAAACCCGCAGAGUUCCACUGGAAGUUAAAUCAGGCCUGCGACAAGGAAUGGCAUCACUACGUCCUGACCGUCGACUUUCCCACCGUAUCUCUUUAUGUCGAUGGCGUUACAUAUGAUCCCUUCACAGUGACGGAGGACUACCCACUACAUCCUACUAAGCUGGACACUCAGCUGGUGGUCGGCGCUUGCUGGCAAGAGUAUUCAGGAAGUGGAAAUGUCACUGAUCCAAUGACAGAGAGUGAUGCAGGUGGCGAGCAGCACAUGGCCCAGUUCUUCCGUGGAAACCUUGCAGGGCUGAUGAUUCGUUCUGGAAAGCUGGAAAGUAAGAAGGUGAUUGACUGUCUGUAUACCUGCAAAGAGGGCCUGGAGUUCCCGCCUGCUGAGGGAGUUGGUAAAGGUAUAAAGAUUAACCUCAGUCCCAGCCAGUCCACUCUGACCCUGGAAGGAGAUGACAUUGAUCGCUUCGACCAAGCAAUGCAGCAUAUUUCCUACCUGAAUUCCCGCCAGUUCCCCACACCUGGUAUCAGACGUCUUAAGAUCACCACUACGGUGAAAUGCUUCAAUGAGGAGACCUGUAUCAGUGUCCCCGAUGUGGAUGGCUACGUCAUGGUGCUGCAGCCCGAGGAGCCAAAGAUCAGCGUCAGCGGCGUCGACCACUUUGCCCGUUCAGCUUCUGAGUUUGAGGGCACGGAAGGGGUGAUUCUGUUCCCCGAGCUGCGUAUCAUCAGCACCAUCACCCGCGAGGUGGAGGCGGAAGGGGAAGGAGAUGAAGAUCCUACAGUCCAAGAAUCGCUGGUAUCUGAGGAAAUCAUGCACAACUUGGACAUGUGUGAGAUCAGUGUGGUGGGGGAGGCCCUGAAUCCCGACCAAGAGAGUCUCCAGCUGGACCUGACCCACCUGCAGCAGAAGGGGAUGGAGAUGAGCUCCUCCAGCCAAGGCAUUGUUAUCACAGGUGUCGACACCAUGGCCAACUACGAGGAGGUGCUGCAUCUGGUCCGCUACAGGAACUGGAACACCGUCUCCCUGUUUGACCGGAAAUUCAAAGUUGUCUGUUCUGAGCUGAAUGGGCGAUACAACAGCAAUGAAUUCCAGGUGGAGGUAAAUGUGAUCCACACUGCCAGCCCCCCAGAGGCCCCAAAUCACAUUAUAUCUGAGGCGCUGUUUGUUCCCUCCCACCAUCAGUCUUCUGAUCUGUUGGGACACAACCCCGCCAGCACACAUGCAGCAUCAGUGGUCCCCAGUGCUGCCACCAUUGUCAUAGUAGUCUGCGUCAGUUUCCUGGUCUUCAUGAUCAUCCUGGGGGUGUUUCGCAUCCGUGCCGCCCAUCAGCGCACCAUGCGUGACCAAGAGGGCGGCAAAGAGAAUGAGAUGGACUGGGAUGACUCUGCUCUUACCAUCACUGUAAACCCUAUGGAGACCUAUGAAGACCAGCACAGCAGUGAGGAAGAAGAGGAGGAUGACGAUGACGACGAGGACAGCGAAGAUGGAGAAGAUGAUGACAUCACCAGCGCCGAAUCUGAGAGCAGCGAGGAAGAGGAAGGCGAGCAGGAGGAGGAUCAGCAGAACGUCACCCGGCAGCAGCAGCUGGAGUGGGACGACUCCACCCUGACCUAUUGAUCUCAGCCGCCAUUACCGCCCAGUCACCACAGCUCACACUCAUCACUCCUGCAGGCACAACCUUGUACAAAGUCAUUCCAGACGCUGAAACCAACCAGCACAUGCCUAUCUGCGGGUAGACGGUGCCCCUCUCCUGCCCUCCCACUGACCGGGGUCAUCUUCAGUGUUUCAGCCCAUCUUGCACUUUCCUUCCUCGCUCCCUCCGUUGCGCUCCGUUCGGAGGUGGGGGGGCGGCAGCGCCGGUGUUACUGGACUUCAUCCUCCAUUCCUGACUUGAUGCAAAACUUCUGGUUGAGAGACGGGGCCUAGGGACUCCAUGUAGACUGGUGAUUUUAUUGGUUUUAACCUUUUUAUUUUUAAUUUUUCCCCCCUCUCUACAUCUCAAAAUUUUACUGCAUGUCAAAUAUUGGCAAAUCUCCACCGUAGAACCCUUUUCCUGUCUGGGCCCGCUGGCAGCCUUUGCAUCCGGGUGGUGUUGCCAUUGACACCGGCAGACAGGAAAAGGGGAACGAAAAACCGAGACUAACUUUUUAAUAUUUUUUCUUUUGUAAAUAUGGUGGAUUCAAUGUAAUUAUGUCCAUGUUACUAGUGUAAAGGGGUUUUGGAAUUCUGGAAUGCAGGGUGGUUGCUGUGCCAGUCUUGCGCAACCUCAGUGAGGUGAUUAAUUUUUUAUUUUAUUUUUUUUUUCUUCUUCCCCAUGGCUGGCAGAGGGCUGCAGCCGAACAGUAUGGCGCAAGUCAGCGUUAAUACUGUUCACUCCCGAGCGCUCUUGUCUUUCUGGCUCGAUAUCUAUCUAUCUAUCUAUGACCUUUAAAAAAAUAAAUUAAAAUAGAAGAAGCACAGGGCUGUAACCAGUCACAAGGACAACGAGGUGCCAGUCUGCUGCUGCUCGGGGGCAUAAUCCAUCGUCAGAGGUGCCAGUCUGCUGCUGCUCGGGGGCAUAAUCCAUCGUCAGAGGUGCCAGUCUGCUGCUGCUCGGGGGCAUAAUCCAUCGUCAGACCUCAGCGGGUCCACCCCCCUUGCUUUAAAUACCAGGUCCACUUUUCUGCAGGCCAGGCAAGAUUAUACAUAUAUGAAUCAUUGUACCGAUGGGGGCAGAUUUUACUGAGACCCCCAGGAUAUCCUCACCUGCAUGUAUUUACAUGGGACCUUUAUUAUUUUCCUCACCCAGCAUGGAAGGAAAAAAAAAAAAAAAGAAAAAUAUCUCUGUGCUUUCUUUUUGUUGUGGGAGAUUAAGAAAAAAAAACACAAAAAUCCUGAUCUUGUGAAACAAGUGCGAUGGUUUGUAAGGAAUUACUAUAGUGUAUGAGCCGAUUCGGCCUCUGAGGUGCUGCCACUGGGCAUAAAUGACGGGUUCAGGCAGUGCUCCCAAACCUGGGGCGCUCCAGCUGUUGCAAAACUACAACUCCCAGCAUACCCUGCUGGCCAUGUCUUUUUUUUACAGAUGUUGCAAAGAUAUGUCUAAUAGUGUUUCCCAAUCAGGGUGCCUCCAGCUGUUGCAAAACUACAACUCCCAGCAUGCCCUGCUGGCCAUGUCUUGGUACAGAUGUUGCAGAGCUAUGUCUAAUAGUGUUUUCCAACCAGUUUGCCUCCAGCUGUUGCCAUGCCUGGACAGCCGUUGGCUGUCCGGGCAUGCUGGGAGUUGUAGUUUUGCAACAGCUGGAGGCACAUUGGUUGGUAAAACACUGGUCUAAUAAAAUGCCUUGAUGGCUGUAUAGAUCUCCAGCUGUUGUAAAAUAACUCCCAUCAUGUUAUAGUUUUGCAUCAGCUAGGGGACCACUACGACUCCCACCGUGCCCAGAUAGCCUUAGUCUACAAAAGCGUUGUUGAGUUUUGCAACAGCUGGAGGGCCACACGUUAGGGAACACUGCUGUUUUAGUGCAGAAGUACAACUAUCAUGAUGCCCUGACUGCCAGCAUGUUGGGGGGGGGUGUUUAGUUCUGCAACAGCUGCAACGCCACAGGGUUAAGGCGACUGGUUCCUCUGCUGCUGGGAUUUCUAGUUCUCCAGUUUAUCAGGGAUGUGCAACAAAGGGUUAAUAUGUAUAGUUAGUCUUCAUUGGGUUGUAACUGGUUUACGUAAAGGGUCGCUACACUUUAAGUCAGUGUUUCCCAACCAGGGCACCUCCAGCUGUUGCAAAAACUACAACUCCCAGCAUGCCCGGACAGCCUUCGGCUGUCCGGGCAUGCUGGGAGUUGUAGUUUUGCAAUGGCUGGGAACACACUGGUUGGCAAACACUGCUUUAAGUGAUGACCUACAGAAGGGGCGUCCUGUAACAGUCCCAGUUUUGGUAAAAUACCCCUGACUUCGUAGUGGUGGCGCCGGAAACCUAAAAUACCUUGCAGCAAGGUCAAAGGUGAAAACAUCCAGCUCCUUAGUGCCUACAGGGUCAGGGGGGUGGGACGACGAGAAUAUAUUCCUCUAUGUUACACUUCAGGAUGUGCCCCUCUAAGGAUGGAUAACGUGCAAAUAGAGUUUGGUGUGGGGACUAGUGGCGACUAGUUCGGAAUGGGGACCAGUGGCGACUAGUUCGGCUCCUUAGGAUGGAUUCGGUAAGGUGUCUUUGUGCCAGGUAAGUGGGAAAAGUCUCUUAUUGAAUUGGUAUCGUGUGUAGACUUAUAUAUAUAUAUAUAGACGUAGGGGAUGUCACAUGACUCGAGAGCCAUGGAAGAAACUUUGGAAAAUGAAUGCACCCAGUAGAGAGAACCCUCAAUAAGUGGUGGAUGUGGAUGUAGACCAGUAUUCCCCAACCAGUGCGCCUCCAGCUGUUGCAAAACAACAACUCCCGGCAUGCUGGGAGUUGAAGUUUUGCAACAGCUGGAGGCACCCCGGUUGGGAAACACUGAUAUAGACAAUGGGGGGGCCACAAGGACAGGUGGGAUAUACACACUACAGGUGGUCCGCAGGUCCGGGGUCUCAUCCUGCAGACCAGCGAGCUUCGGCUUCUUUUAUUUUUUUUUUCUCGUUUACCAUAAAUGUAAAUUCUUAGAUUUUUACGUAAGAUUCGGGGGACGGUUUAUUGACUUCUGUGAUAACGUGAUAAACAUAACCGCAAGCUCUGGAAUAACCCGGGGACUCUUCAUUUCUCCCCCCCCCCCCCCCCCCCCUUUGUCUUGUGUUUAUGUUGUGUAGCUCUGUCCAUCCAUUUUAAUAUCACCGUAGCUGCUGUGUUUAGACUUAAAAAAGAAACAAAAAAAAAAUAAAAAAAAUUGAAAAAAAAAAAACAAGCGCGACAUGUAACGCAACCGCUAAAGCGUUCUAAAACUUUCUGAUGCUGUAUGUAGGCGCAAUGAAUAUAACUUUUCAGAUUUGUAUAUUGGUGAUAGGUCAGUUUGAACAGUCUAUAAGCUACAAUAAAUUUCUGGUUCUAAAUUCUGA